AUGGCGACUAUCACAUUUGCUGUAGCUAAUGUCGAUGCAUGUGCUACAAGACAUACUGAAACUCAACAACUAUCGGAAGUUGAUUUAGCUCGAUGGGCAUUAAAAGAUGAAAAAUUAUCACUCGAAAAUUUUCAAACUAAUUAUCCUUUAGCUGUUGAACUUAAUGGUGGUAAUUAUCGAAUUAAAAAUGCUUUUGUCGGUGCUAUUUAUGAAGCUUAUUGUAAUCAUUAUCCACUUGAAUUAAGUGUUGAAGACAUUUGGGUUGUUAUUGCACAAGGUGUUGGAAUUCAUCUCAAUCAAAAUGCUGAAAAAUAUCGUCAUUUAAUGGUGUCACAUGAAGGACAAAAAGAAUUAAUAUUGAAUGUUGACAGUCUUAGAAUACCAGACUCUGAUCGACCAGAGUAUGGUAAUAAAUCCGUACCUGCUAUUGAUUGGUCAAGAACUGUUCGACUGAUGUGUGGAUUGGUUAAAGAUGAUAUGAAAACAGAUAUGGCUACAAUUUUGACAACUCCUUUUUCGGGUACAACACCAGUUGAACAAGCUGUAUUUGAUUGUACAUUAAUGGAUACUGUCAAAGCUUAUUAUAAAUACCGAUGCUGUUUAUUGUGUGGUAUUCCUGAAGUAACAUUACGUGGUUCACCAGAUGAUUUUCAACAAGUGAUUGAUCGUAUCCAUCAACUUCGAACAAUUUUUACUGAUUUUCAUUGGUGGUUAGAUUCACUUUUACCUCAUUUAAAACAAUUGAAAGCAAGUGCUGAAGGAAAGCCAGAUAUCGAUUGGUGGCAAAAAAUAUGUCAUGAAGAAGGAGGUGGAUCUGGUCCAUCUUAUUUAGCUGGUUGGCUUGCUGAUUUUAUUCCAUAUAUAUGUGAUGGAGCAGGUCAUUAUAAAAAAGUUCGACGUGAUGAUCAUCGUCAUUAUUCUAAAAAUUCAAUGACUCGUAUUGAAUUUGGUGAUUUUAGUGAAAGUGUAACUCGAACAGAUUUCAUUCUGGAUGAUAAUGGACAUGAGACAAAAAUGAAAUUCAUUGCUGGAUUCUUAGGUAUUGGUCAGAAUCCAAAGACAGGUGCACUUCGUCCAAGUCUCGGUUGGGCAACAGCAUUGCCGAUUUGA